AUCUAAAUAUAACAAACCAAACAGGCAACUUCUUGAACUAUCAUUACUAUCAUGUUUUACCACAAAAGAUUGCCACCAUAUGUGAAUUACAAGUAGACUAAAAAGAAAAAUUAUUCUUUAGACCUCAGACUGCCCUCUAAAUGGGAUGACUGCCACAGCUGCAGUGGAGACAUCAAAAAUGGAGAAGAGUUCCUCAAAGGAAGAGAAGCAUCAGUCUAAGCAUUAUAGCACAAAGCAAGGUGGUGUUUAUUUGGAAAAGUGGAUAAUUUCUGAUAAUGACUCUGAACAUAUGAGGUUUAAAAGAGGCAACAACAAUGACAGUAGCUGUCAACCUGGAGAUGCUCUGUUGAAGAAGAAGGAGGUCUUAAAGCCACACCGCCAACUCUGUAGAUCACCAUGCCUAGAUCAUUCAAGCUUCUCCCAGAGCAGUAUACUCCAUGAUGGGAAGUUUGACUUGGAAAAAGAAUACCAAGCUAAGAUGGAUUUUGCUCUAAAGCUGGGUUAUGCAGAGGAACAGAUUCAGUCAGUACUAAACAAACUGGGGCCGGAAUCACUUAUUAAUGAUGUGUUGGCAGAACUUGUCAGACUUGGAAACAAAUGUGAUCAAGAUGGGCAGACCAACCUGAGUCAGUUAGUGACUCAAGGGCCCAACUCCAGUGAUAAUCUAAGUCCUGAACUGUCUCUUGAAGAUGAGCUAGACAACAGUGACAAUUUGAGGCCAAUUGUCAUUGAUGGAAGUAACGUGGCAAUGAGCCAUGGAAAUAAAGAAGAGUUCUCCUGCAGAGGAAUACAACUUGCUGUAGAUUGGUUCCGAGAUAAAGGCCAUAAAGAUAUUACUGUAUUUGUGCCUGCAUGGAGAAAGGAGCAAUCUCGCCCUGAUGCACCAAUUACAGAUCAAGAUAUUCUACGCAAGCUGGAGAAGGAAAAGAUUCUUGUCUUCACUCCAUCUCGAAGGGUCCAGGGUAGGAGAGUUGUCUGCUAUGAUGACCGAUUCAUAGUCAAAUUGGCUUUUGAUUCUGACGGCAUCAUUGUGUCCAAUGAUAACUACAGAGAUCUUCAAGUUGAAAAACCAGAAUGGAAGAAAUUUAUAGAGGAGCGGUUGCUGAUGUAUUCUUUUGUGAAUGACAAGUUUAUGCCUCCAGAUGACCCUUUAGGGCGUCAUGGUCCAAGCCUUGAAAAUUUCUUAAGAAAAAGACCUGUUGUUCCUGAGUACAAAAAGCAACCAUGUCCUUAUGGCAAAAAAUGUACCUAUGGCCACAAGUGCAAAUACUAUCAUCCAGAGCGAGCCAACCAACCCCAGCGAUCAGUGGCUGAUGAACUCCGCAUCAGUGCCAAACUGUCCACAGUGAAAACUAUGAGUGAAGGCACCCUGGUAAAGUGUGGCACAGGGCUGUCUAGUGUGAAAGGUGAGAUAGCUUCAGAAAUCAAACACAUAGCCCCCAAGCGCCAAUCAGAUCCCAGCAUACGGCCCAUGACUAUGGAGCCUGAGGAAUGGCUAUCUAUUGUCCGUAAACCUGAAACCAGUUCUGUCCCCUCACUUAUGACUGCUCUAAGUGUACCCACAAUACCACCACCCAAAAGCCAUGCAGUGGGUGCUCUCAACACACGUUCAGUUAGCAGUCCUGUACCAGGAUCCUCUCAUUACCCCCACCUAAAAGCCUCUUUGGAGCACAUGGCCAGCAUGCAGUACCCCCCCAUCCUGGUUACCAACAGUCAUGGAAUCCCUAUUAGCUAUGCUGAGCAAUACCCAAAGUUUGAGUCCUUGGGAGAUCAUGGCUACUAUUCAAUGUUAGGUGACUUUUCCAAAAUGAACAUCAACAGCACAUAUAAUCGAGAGUAUUACAUGGCUGAAACAGACCAGGGGGGAUAUGCUUGGAAUCCCAGCCUCUCUGAUAGCCACAUGAGCCAUGCCAGGAAUGACUAUUCCUCCUCUUACAACAGCCUGUAUUUGGCUGUAGCUGAUGCUCAUCCUGAGUGUAGUUUAAAAUUGCAUCGCUCAGCAUCUCAAAACCAUCUUCAGCUUUUCACUCAUGGUUACCAUGAAGCCUUAACAAGAGCACACAGCUAUGGCCCAGAAGAUUCUAAGCAAGUGUCUCAUAAGCAGUCAGUCUCCCACUUAGUUCUUCAUGCUCAGCACUCAGCAACUGGAACAUGCUCCAGCCGUCCUGGAGACUACUCCAUUCCUCCCAGUAUUCAUUCAGGAGUAACUCCCCAGCCAGGACGUGCCUUGGUGAUGACUAGGAUGGACAGUAUUUCUGACUCACGCCUCUAUGAAAGCAAUCCCACAAGGCAAAGGCGACCUCCUUUAUGCCGGGAACAACAUGCCAGUUGGGACCCAUUGCCAUGUUCCACCGACUCCUAUGGCUACCACUCCUACCACUUGAAUAGCUUAAUGCAACCAUGCUAUGAUCCAGUCAUGGUACGAAGUGUGCCUGAAAAGAUGGAGCAACUUUGGAGGAAUUCUUGGGUUGGAAUGUGCAAUGAUUCUAGGGAGCAUACUAUCCCUGAGCACCAAUAUCAGACCUAUAAGAACCUGUGCAAUAUUUUUCCUUCAAAUAUUGUCCUUGCAGUGAUGGAAAAGAAUCCUCACACAGCAGAUGCCCAGCAACUGGCAGCCUUGAUUGUGUCUAAGCUUAGGUCUGCAUGUUAACAUAUGACUUAUAUGAACAUGAAUACUAACAAUACACUUUUACCACAACAGUAACUUUAAGUUUUAUGUUUCACUUUACGUUAUAGUGUUUAUGACAUUAAAGCACAAUGCCAGAGUACAAAUAAUAACCCUCUAAGGUAAGUCUUAUUAAUGUCUUUUAUAGACAAAACAAAAAAAAACCUGAAGCUCAGUGAGAUUGACAUAUAGAGGUCACAAAACUAGGAAACGACCAAGUUACAACUCAUACCCAAGUCCUCUAACUCCAAAUUCCAUGUCCCGUUGAACUGAACUAUGCAAAUAAGAGAAUAAAACUUGGGCUGAGAGGCCUAAAUGCAUGAAACUGAGAUUCCAUUACCAGUAUUUUCUUAGUUUUCUUAAAACUAGGAAAUGACCAAGUUAUAACUCAUACCCAAGUCCUCUAACUCCAAAUUCCAUGUCCCAUUGAACUGAGCUAUGCAAAUAAUAGAGAAUAAAACUUGGGCUGAGAGGCCUAAAUGCAUGAAGCCGAGAUUCCAUUACC